GAAUUAGCGCUUCAAGACGCGACUAGUGCCGCAAAGAGGUUAUUCAUCACAGCUUCUACGAGAUGCUGAUUGCUGGCGGGUUUCCGUGUUUCUUUUGGCUAUUUUCGGUGAUUGGUAUUUAAAAAUAUCCGAGGCUCGUCGGGUUGGGCGUGACGAGAGCAGAAUGGCGCAGAUAGAGACGAAACAAGUUGCUGCAGGGAUUCUCACAACAAGUAGAAAGAUGGGUGCAGCCCAAAGCAAGAAGAGAAGAAAGGAGAGAAAGCGAAAGAAAAGAGUACAGAUGGGUUUGCCAAAUUUCGAUGUACCAAGGAGCGCCAGUGCCGACGUUAUCAGAACCCUGAGUCUCUCAUCUUCAUCUUGUUUUCACUGCCAGCACCCAAGUGGCAGGAGAACUUUUUCGGGUUCACUUGAAAACUCAACAAACUUUGGCUGUGAGCGUUGUCUGCAGAGUGCCUACGAUGACCUGAGAUUUCCAGGAGAUGGGUAUGACUCUUGUCCCAGCUACUCAACAUCCAAUUGUUGUUUAGGUCCUGCACACGCUGGCACUGAAAUGGAGAGAAGCACUAUGUCUUUAAACAGAAAUUUGACUGGCAACGCUUCGAGGAUUGUGCAAUCAAGAAGUCCAGAAAUGGAUGAAAUUAUAGACAUUUUAAAGCACCAUGAAAACAGGAAGAGAGAGUUAUCAUCCUUGCUGACAUCACCUCCUUCUUUAGAGAGUUCUACUGAACAAGCUGCAAGCACCACAUCACAUGGGUUGACUUCAGCGCCAUCUAUAAAAGUUAAGAACUCGCUGGCAGUGAAGUCAGAAAGCAAAAAACCAAUCACAAUUCUAGAAGAUGAAGAGUCUAGACUAGCCAGGUGGCAAAAACAAAAAGAAAUGGCUCAGCAGUUACGAACUCUGAGGAAGCACAUUCAGCUCCAAGAGGCUGAGUCUAAACAUGUUGUACCCUUCCCAGUCUGUAUGAGCCCGCUAGAGAAUGAAACUGUAAGUAACACAUCAGUUCAACCACCAGUGAAUCCCAUUGAGCAACACAACAGUUCAGAUUUAAACCCUUCAAACACUCUUGAAAAUACUCGACGAUCUUUGAGGAGCAAAUUCUCAAAAAUGCGGAACUAUCGGUAUUUAGACAAUCACCCUGUUUUAUCAAAACUUCAGAAUGAACAAAACAACAGAUUGGAGAGCAUGGAAAGAAGAAUAAAAGAAAUACGAAUCAGUGCUAUGCAAGAAGCAGAGAGGCGAAAGUUUGCAGAGAUAUUUCCUGCCAAGGAAGACAACUCAGAAAGUGAAAGGAUGUUGAGGGAGGCAAAAGAGAUGCUAGAGGAACUAAAGAGAGAGAAAAAAAAGAAACAAAUACAGGAGGAACAGAAAUCUAAAGUGCAAUUACACGGUCCUUGUACCUCUGGUAGCAGGACGGAAUCAAACCAAGACUUGAACAAUGACUCUGUGCCGGUUGAUGAUUCAGGGGAGAUUAUUCCUGUUCACAUCCUCUCAAGUCCUCGGAGAAAUACAGUGAACCGAGUAAUGUCACUGUUUCCACAGCAGAAGGUAGUUAAGAGUGAUAUUACUGUUGCCAAGCCUGGGGAACAGAACAAAAAGGCUGAUUGGUUGACUAAUGCUUGGCCUAAUAUUAACUUAAGUCAUCCUCUCACCUGGGUUCUGCUCCCGUUCCUCAUGUUUCCACUGAUCCUGAGAUUGAUCUUGUCUGUUUUCAUCAGUGGCAGUAGCACUACUGGCAAUACCAACACUGGCACCAGCAACACUGGCCAAGCCAAGCCAAAAAAGUGA